AUGUGCGGGGAGGCCAGCGAGGAGCUGAUCCUGGACGUACGGCCGGAGGCGCGGUUCCUCCGCGGCCACCUCCGAAACGCCUACAACGUGCCCUGGGAGGAGAUCCCGAGCCGUGGCUUCGAGCUGCCGAGCCGGUCCCAGCCAUUCCUGGUGUGCUGCGGGGAGGAGCAGCUGGUCGAGGUGAGGCAGUGGUUCGAGAGCCGCCUGAAGCCCUGGAGCGCCACGGUGCGCGAGGUGCCGGAGGAUGUGCGAGAAGAGACGGGGCCGAGCCCCCCAGGCCGCUUUCUUUUCUCUCCCUCGCCGCUGCUACAGGAGUCCAGGCGCCUGGCUGCAGAGCUGAGGGCGGAGCUCGCGUCCGGCGGUGGCGAGGCCCGAGCACUGGAUCUCGGCUGCGGCUCGGGGCGGGACGUGCUGGUGCUGGCAAGCAGUGGCUGGCAGGUGUGGGCCCUGGAUCGGGACGGCCGGGCCCUGGAGCGGCUCCGGGCGCUGGCGGCACGCCAGGGCUGCCUGGAGAAGUGUCGCACCGUUUGCUGCAAUGUGGAGAGCCCGGAGGACCUCCUGGGGCUUGACAGGCCAGGUGGGUUCCAUCUUGUCAUGGUGAAUCGUCACCUCCACCGCCCCACGCUGCCGGAGUUGUCGGAGCUGCUGGCGCCGGGCGGCUUGCUGCUCUUCCACACCUUCAUGGAAGGCUGCUCGCACCCGAAAGAGCCGGAGCACCUCCUGAAGCACGGAGAGCUACAGCAGGUCUUUGGCUCCAUGGACAUUUUGCGGGACGAGGAGCUUCCCGCUGAGGAUGGCCGAGUCAUGUCCUUCUUCGUGGCGAGGAAGCCGCUUGCGAAGCCGCCUGCCAGCCUGGAGGACGGGACGCAAAUCCACAUGGGCAUGGAGCUGAGAAGCGGCACCCGCCGGGCUUCUUCUGAGCCUUUACGGCGGCCCCACCCCGCGCGUUUCGCUUGGAACGGUUUGGGCUUCUGCCUGGGCCGCUUCGCCAGCCGUGCGAGCCCGAAAUGGCACCUGAGUUCUCGGGGCGUGCAGGGCGCGGACUCGGCGAAGCUGCACGGCGCUGGCUCGGCCUUGGGGCGUCAGCACCAGCCGCCGGCUGACCCGCAGGCGUCCAUCGCGAUGCCCUCCUGGCACGCCUGGCUGAACGGCACGCAGCUGGCAGCACUGGGCUCUGGCAAAGGGCAAACGUCGGCGGAUGGCUCCGGCACCAAGGAGCCGGAGGUGGCCUUGAAGCACGGCCCUCGCCAAGCCGCCCGCAAGCGCAUCCAGUCGGAUCUGAAGCGCUUGCAAGAGGAGCCCAUCCCCCUAGCAGCAGCCUCCCCUGCCUCAGAUGACUUGUCUCUGUGGAACGGUGUCGUGGGUACCCAGAUGGAGGUGACCCACAUCGGCUGCGUCACCGUCCCCCUGCACUUCCUCAUCGACUUUCCAUGUGACUACCCAGCUAGCGCGCCCAAGAUUGGCUUCUCCUUCGAGUUCGAGUACCGGGGCGGCGCCUCCUAUGUGGAGCGAGACGGAAGGCUGAAGGGCAAGAAGGUGAUCUGCCUGGACGUGCUCGGCAACUUCGACCACGUGCACACGGAGUGGAAGGCGCAGGUGGGCAGUGGCUGGAGCCCGGCCUACACGGUGACCACGCUUUUGCUCCAGUUGCAAUCUGUGCUCAGUGACCUGGGCCCGCAGAUGUCCCAACAGGAGCGGGACACUACCUACCAGUCCGCCGUGCGGUUCUGCGAGAAGAACCCCAGCGCGGUGCUGGAGCUUCUAGACGAGGACGAGAUUCGGGAGAUGCGGGCGAAGCGAAGAGGAGACCAGCAGCUGCUGAGGAUCUGCCAUGGGGACGAGACGCUAGCGGGCCGGGUGGCUCGCUUCGCCCAGAAGUUGGGGCUCAAAAACGCGCAGCGGGAGGCGGACAUGGAGGCCUUCCUCGAGCUGCUCUCUGAAGUGAGCACCAGGGGAUCCCAGCCCGGCAGCGACGGCUCGGACACCGAGGCCAUGAAGGUCGACACGAACAUUUGCUGCUGGAGCACAGGCAAGCUCUACACAGAGGCCAUGCUUGGAGUGGGGGUCAGCCGCCAGGGGAAGAACCUGGGUACGGCUGCUGAGCUGUUGUCCAAGGAGGCCUAUGAUGGGGGCCUGCGCCAGAACACCAACAAGUCCAGCUUUGAGUUCUUCCUGCCCGUUUGGAUCAACGAGGCACAUGCCGCGGCCAACCCGCAGUGGAAAAGCGAGCUCAGCAAGCAGGUGAACCUUAUUGGAAGCAGCGUCUUUGCUGCCAAGGACGAGGACGGGGCCAUCAUGGAGGUCUUCCCAAGGCUCAUCAAUCAGAUGAUCGUGGAGAUGAUGCGGCCAGAUGCCUCCAAGAGCGCGGCCAUCGCCACCUUCGAGGCGCUCUGCAACUUUUGGCGCACCUUCCGGUGGCUCGUGGACACCCGGCCCGCGCUCCGCAGCAAAGCCGGGAACUCGCUCACCCGCUUCGUGUGGGAGGAGGCCCGUCGCCACAAGGACCAGUGCCCGGACCUCGGCGCGCUGCUGGUGCUCUUCACGGUGCUUCAGGGCGACAAGUCCUGCCCGUCCCGGCAGCAGUUCCUGGCGCCCUACGUAGACGAGAACUCGCUUCGUUGGGUCAUGUGGUGGCAGCGCUCGGGCACAAAACCCGAGAGCGCACCCGUCUUCCAGGCGACACAGGUCUCUCGAGAGAUCCUGAUGUUCCAGCUGGCGGUGGUGGAUUUGGUCAUUGGAGAGACGGCGCAGACAAUGAAGGAGAUGGAGCAAACCAACUGCAAGUUGCCGGAGCGGCUGGAGCGCCUGCAGUCGGAAUGGCGCCAGCGGAAGGAGUCCACCAAGGACUGGGCGGCCUACUUCCGCGGCAUCGGGGUGGACCGGCCCGACUUCCCGAGCACCAACGAGUGGAUCGCCAGCUGCGUGCGCCGCGCCGCGACCAUGGGCCCCAAGUAUGGGAACGGCGGCAAAGGCAAUUCCAAGGGCAACGGCAAGGGCAAGGGCAAGGGGUGGUGA